AUGGCUGCGAAGGUCUUUGUUACAGGGAUCACGGGGUAUAUUGGCGGCCAGGCCGUGGCGCACCUGGCUCGGAAACACCCUGAAUUGGAGAUUAUCGCCCUUGUCCGCAAUGCAGGGCAUGUCGAAACUAUCCAGUCCGUUUUCCCACAAAUCAAGACAAUCAUCGGUGAUCUGGACAGUGUGGAGAUCAUUGAACAACAGAGCGCAGAAGCGGACAUUGUACUUCAAUGCGCCUCUGCAGAUCAUCCUGUGGCAGCCGCUGCUAUCGUGAAGGGAAUCAGGUCCAAACCAGCAGGCAGUCCACCAGGCUUCUAUAUUCACACCUCGGGAACAGGCAUACUGGGGGACCCCUCUCAGGAUUAUGGCCAACCCCCUGACAGGGUGUAUGAUGAUAUCGCCGAUAUCAAGGUAAUUACAUCCUUUUCAAUGGAUCGCUGGCACCGCAAUGUCGACAAGAUCGUCCUGGAUGCCGCCACAAGUGACCCGGUUGAGCAGCCUAAGAUCAAGACAGCGAUUGUCUGCCCACCCACCAUAUACGGCACCGGCAUUGGUCCAGUUAGAAAGCGCAGUGUUCAAAUUCCGGAUCUGGCAAAAGCCUCUCUACGCAGAGGGAAAGCGCUUACUGUCCGUCAGGGACAGAAUGAGUGGAGGAACAUUCAUGUCGCCGAUUUAGCGGAUGCGUAUGUUAGUCUUGUAGAGGAAGCCUUAAAGGGGGGUGGAAAGGCAGAUUGGAACGGCGAUGGGUACUACUUUGUUGAAAACGGGCAGCAUGUUUGGAAAGAUGUGGCGAAGGCGGUGGCCCUCUAUGGGUUCAAGAAGGGACAUUUGAAAACUCCCGAUGUUGAACCGCUUUCCGUGGAGGAGUGUCUUCGUAUUCAAGGAGACCCUGUGCCUGGGCCUGCAAUCUGGGGAGUAAACUCUCUGGGUAUUGCAAGUCGCAUCCGCAGGCUUGGCUGGGAGGCACGUCAGCCAUCCAUAUGGCAGUGUAUUUCAGAGGCAGUUGAUGUGGAGGCCGAGGCUCUGGGGAUCGCUUUGUGA